UGCGGUAAUGAUUUUGUCAAAUAAGGACGAAACGUUCCAUUUUUGUUCCAAUUGUUUUUAAAUUAUUACACAUUGUUGUAGCCGGUUUUGUGCUUGUUUGUGUUCAAUCCUGUGAUCAAAAAAAUAAUUUUAUUUUUUUCCAAUUAAAUGUUCAAUUUAAACUCAUCAAUACAAUGUAAUGACAUUGAGAUUUUAUAUAUUUAUUAUAUAAUUCAUUAAUUCAUGACGUCAAUCAUUCAUGAAAGCAGCUAUAAUCAUCAUCAUCAAUCGUAGUUUUUAAUUUUAAAUUUAAAAAUUUUCGAUUUAUUCCUACUGAGUACAUCACCAAAAUUUUAGGAAACAACAAAUUUUUUUCUACUAGAUCAAAAUAAUCAUUUUACAUUCAUAAUCAAUUCUAACGACAAUUAACGUUAUAAUUACUGAUAUCUUCCAAUUAAAGAAACAACUUGACUUUUUUCAUAUUUUUGAUACAUUUUAACUUUUAUACAAUUUUAACUGAAUUCGGUUAUUUACGCCAUUCACUGCAAUAAAUCAAGCUUUCGAAUUUUAAUCUUUUUUCAUCGAAUUCAUUUCGAAUUAUUAUAAUUCAAACUAGAAUCAUGACAAUGUUAACUUUAACACCGACCACUGGUCUAUUAGUUGCUACCAUAUCUUCCAUUGCCAUUAAUCGUAUAAGUUUUAUAUUGGCAAAUACAAAAUUUAUCUAUCCAAAAAAUGUUCGAGAAUCCAAUCAAUCAUAUUACUAUUGGCGUUAUCGAAAUUUUUUCAUCUCAUUCAUACAUGCAUUCAUAACGGGCGUCGGUUCUCUCCUAUGUGUUUUGUCGAAUCCAAUGCUUUUAUUGGAUGUGGUGGAUACAGCUUCUGAUUGGGGAUAUCUUUUAACAGCAUUUUCACUUGGUUAUUUCAUAUAUGAUACAGUUGAAAUGGCAGCCUAUCUGAAAAAGAAAGGAACUGCUGAAUUGUUGUUGCAUCAUUUUUUCGUAAUAUCCUGUUUUCUCAAUACAGUUAUGUAUAAACGAUUCAUUGGUUAUAAUAUGUUGGCAUUGCUCAUUGAAAUUUCCAAUGUUUUUCUUCAUUUUCGUCAAUUAUUAUUGCUUUCAAAGCAUUCAAAAUUAUCGAGCCUUUAUCGAAUUAAUAGCGUAACGAAUAUUGUAUUAUUCGUAUUAGUACGUGGCGCCUGUAUGUUUGGUCUUUGGUAUACGUUGAUUUUAUUUAUUGAUCGACUACCAUUCAUUACAAAAUUAACUGCCAUCAUUUCGAUGAUUGGAAUAUCCAUUACCACUGUCAUUCUAUUUCAACGAAUAUGGAAUUCUGAUUUUGUUAGCAUUAGUGAACAACGUCGUAAAAAAUUGCUGAAUGAAAACAGCAAUAGCUGCUCAAAAAACAGUAAAUUUAAAAUGAACCAAUAUGAAGAUGAUUUCACUUAUGAAGGUUCCAUUGAAGAUGUCAAAUCUGGAAUGGUAAAAAAAUCAAAUUAAAUUGUAUCGAUAUAUUUAUCAAAAGACAAACCCCAAUUAACGAUAACAUUUAACAAAUUUAUUUACAUUCAAUUUAUAGAAUAUUCAAUCGAUCAAAUAACCAUUUAUAUGUUCAUCUGUGUGUAUG